AUGACCUCCUCCAUAUCACUUCUUCGAACGGCUAUCAUUAGCAAGAAAGCCAUCAAGCUCAUUCCUGAAGGGGCAACAAUUUCAGAUGCAAAGGAGCUUGCGAUCGAAGGGCAGCCACCGUUAUCAUUGGACGAGCAAACGGGUUUUGUGAAUCAAGAAGAUAAUGUUAAUGAAGCUUUAAGAGCCGUCUACCAGUGCUGGAUACAUCAUGAAGCAAGUACCACCGAUUAUUUGGCGGAUUGCGAGAAGAACUCUAUCGCAGUCAUCAACUUUUUGGAGAGAACAGAGCUCAAUUCGUAUUUGAGUGGGUCUUCUGACACAUGCAAGUAUCUAGCUACAUCCGAUGGGAAUAAGAAGUUAGAGGCUGCAGAAACAACAACUUCGACGGAAAAUCGUACAAAUGGAAAAAAAUCUACAUCUAAGCGUGGUGAGACAUCCGAGUCCAGUCUGGGAGAAAUGCACAAACGUCAAAAGAUCAUAGACUCUGAUCCAUUUUUGAAAAGUGUGCUUGAAAAUGAGCGUGAAAUUGUGGAUCACAACAGUGCGCUCAGAGGUUCGAAGCCCGUGAAGUUUGCAAACCUUGCCAAAGAGUGCGAGUAUAAGAUUGUGAGGCCUUUGAAGAGAGAAACGGGAAGUUCAAGAGAUUCCGGCUCAAAAGCGCAUCGUCAUCACCAUCAGGAACAUGUGGAUCCACACUCUUUGUCGGUUGUACUCAAGCACAAGGACCCUAUCAUUAUUCUCUCUCCUUCAGCCUCUGCACUUAUCAACCUAGGGAAUGUGAAGGACUUUUUGGAAAACGGGAAAUUUGUCGAUACAUCAAUUGAAGCCACGCAAGGCUCGGCCGGAAGUCAAAAUGUAGUUGAAAUUGUUCGUAACUCGAAGAAAUUCAACAGGAAGAUCAAGUUUCUUGUUGUGAGUGACGUGGAUCGUUUUUUCACUAAACCCGAGCACUGGGACCGUGUGGUUGCAGUUUUUACCACCGGGCAGGAAUGGCAAUUCAAGAAUUAUCGGUACUCUCGGCCGAACAUUCUCUUUCAGAAGGUGAAGGGCUUCUAUGUGCAUUACAAUGAGGAUCUGAUCCCACCAUCGAUCAAGGGAUGGAACUUAGAGGUUAUUCCUAUUGAGAGAAGUCGUAGAUUCAGGGACAAGCAGACAAGUGAGCAUCUUUGGGAGAUUCUUGAGAAGUUCAUGGCCACCAAAGGUUACAAAUAG